AUGGCUUCCCCGAUUAAAGUGGCGCGCCUCCCUGCCGCCGCCCACGACGGCCGCAUGGCCAACGUCCGAUUCCAGCAAGCGCAACUAGCCGCCUUGCACGACAGUCAGCCAGCAGCUGCCCCAGGCGUCCGCGCGAGGCCCGGCCUGCCCUGCGCCGCUCUCUUCGAUCGGACCGCUGAUGUGGACUACGCCGCCCGACAGAUCUGGGCUGCGUGUGCGGCCUACGGCGGUGGGUCACCGCAUCGCCCGGGCAUUGUCGCGGUCAACGUAUGGGCGAAGCAGCCGUUCGUGGAAGCACUUCUGCGACAUUCGAGCUCGGGCCGUGGUGGCUGUAAGAGGCCAGUUCCUGGGAAGAGCAAGCAGAUCGACAUGUGGAUGGAAGAGGCAGAGCGGAGCCCGGAGCGAGAUCAAUACUAUUUCCGGCGACGCUUGACAGUGCUUGAACAUAAACCUCCUCGCGUCGAUUUAUGA